AUGGAGGAAACCACCAUUGGAAUUGGUCAAGGCGCAACCUCCGGUGGUGUGGUCAAGUUGAAGGGCCCUUAUGUUGUGUGUGUUUGGUGGUGUAUGGCACGAGGCAUUAACCGUGCAUAUAUUCACUCAAAGACAGCUGGUAGCGCCCAUCCGUUUGGAAAUAAAAAUCUUGUUGGUUGCCAUAAUAACUCUCACUCUCACUCUUCACCUUCUCCUUCUCCUUCUCAUCAUAUACAUGUAUAA